AUGCAGUCAGGAAGACAUGUGUCCAGGAAGACUUGUGUCCAGCAAGACUUGUGUCCAGCAAGACUUGUGUCCAGCAAGACAUGUGUCCAGGAAGACUUGUGUCCAGCAAGACUUGUGUCCAGCAAGACUUGUGUCCAGCAAGACUUGUGUCCAGCAAGACUUGUGUCCAGCAAGACUUGUGUCCAGCAAGACUUGUGUCCAGCAAGACUUGUGUCCAGUAAGACUUGUGUCCAGGAAGACUUGUGUCCAGCAAGACAUGUGUCCAGGAAGACUUGUGUCCAGCAAGACUUGUGUCCAGGAAGACUUGUGUCCAGCAAGACAUGUGUCCAGGAAGACUUGUGUCCAGCAAGACUUGUGUCCAGCAAGACUUGUGUCCAGCAAGACUUGUGUCCAGGAAGACAUGUGUCCAGCAAGACUUGUGUCCAGCAAGACUUGUGUCCAGCAAGACUUGUGUCCAGCAAGACUUGUGUCCAGCAAGACUUGUGUCCAGUAAGACUUGUGUCCAGCAAGACUUGUGUCCAGCAAGACUUGUGUCCAGCAAGACUUGUGUCCAGCAAGACUUGUGUCCAGCAAGACUUGUGUCCAGCAAGACUUGUGUCCAGCAAGACUUGUGUCCAGGAAGACUUGUGUCCAGGAAGACAUCUGUCCAGCAAGACUUGUGUCCAGCAAGACAUGUGUCCAGCAAGACUUGUGUCCAGCAAGACUUGUGUCCAGCAAGACAUGUGUCCAGCAAGACAUGUGUCCAGCAAGACUUGUGUCCAGCAAGACUUGUGUCCAGCAAGACUUGUGUCCAGCAAGACUUGUGUCCAGCAAGACAUGUGUCCAGCAAGACUUGUGUCCAGCAAGACUUGUGUCCAGCAAGACAUGUGUCCAGCAAGACUUGUGUCCAGCAAGACAUGUGUCCAGCACAUGUGUCCAGCAAGACUUGUGUCCAGCAAGACUUGUGUCCAGCAAGACUUGUGUCCAGCAAGACUUGUGUCCAGCAAGACUUGUGUCCAGCAAGACUUGUGUCCAGCAAGACUUGUGUCCAGCAAGACUUGUGUCCAGCAAGACUUGUGUCCAGCAAGACUUGUGUCCAGCAAGACUUGUGUCCAGCAAGACUUGUGUCCAGCAAGACAUGUGUCCAGCAAGACUUGUGUCCAGCUUGUGUCCAGCAAGACUUGUGUCCAGCAAGACUUGUGUCCAGCAAGACUUGUGUCCAGCAAGACUUGUGUCCAGCAAGACAUGUGUCCAGCAAGACUUGUGUCCAGCAAGACUGGUGUCCAGCAAGACUUGUGUCCAGCAAGACAUGUGUCCAGCAAGACAUGUGUCCAGCAAGACUUGUGUCCAGCUUGUGUCCAGCAAGACUUGUGUCCAGCAAGACUUGUGUCCAGCAAGACUUGUGUCCAGCAAGACUUGUGUCCAGCAAGACAUGUGUCCAGCAAGACUUGUGUCCAGCAAGACUGGUGUCCAGCAAGACUUGUGUCCAGCAAGACAUGUGUCCAGCAAGACAUGUGUCCAGCAAGACUUGUGUCCAGCAAGACAUGUGUCCAGCAAGACUUGUGUCCAGCAAGACUUGUGUCCAGCAAGACUUGUGUCCAGCAAGACUUGUGUCCAGCAAGACUUGUGUCCAGCAAGACUUGUGUCCAGCAAGACAUGUGUCCAGCAAGACAUGUGUCCAGCAAGACUUGUGUCCAGCAAGACUUCUGUCCAGCAAGACUUGUGUCCAGCAAGACAUGUGACAGACAAAUGUGA